CUUAUUCCAGUGCUCCACAAGAUGAGAACUAUGUGACUGGAUGUUUCAAGGCACUAUGGCCUUCCCGAAGCCAAUGGCUUUUCCUCCUGCCUGGAUUUGGGGGUUUGCUUUGUUCCUAGCUUUGAAGGAACCCAUCCAAUCUGAUAUCAUCAUCGUAGCCGCACUUGGGGGAGAGGCAAAUUUCCAUUGUAACUUCUUGCCCUCAAUGGAUGUUUUGCAAGCUACUUGGCAGAAGAGAAAUGGGGCUUCCUUCCAUAACAUGGCCACCUACAGCCAAAUACAUGGGCUGAGGCUGAUAAGGUCAUUUCAGAAGAAGGUGUCUUUCACUAGAGCAACCCCAAAGGCCUCAGCUAUCAUCCUCCAAAAUCUCACACUUGAGGAUGACUCUUAUUACAGAUGCAUUUUCAAUGUGUUCUGUCAUGGCUCCCUCAGCAAAGACAUACACCUCAACAUCCAAAGUAAGUUUUCCACUAACACUUUCUCUCUUUCUGGCAUUCAGUUUGGGUCUGAUGUACUCAGAAGGUACAUCACCACACUAUCCACCACACAGAGAUUUUCAAUGCAGCAGCAGAAGACACACGGUACACCCAGAACUCCUGGAAAGACAGGCUUACAGCAAGACCUAGGUGAGAGAGCCUCUCUGAGCCUGUACACAUCAAAAGACCAACACAUUCCUUACCCAAAGGAGCAACGAUCAGGAAAAACUGCCUGA